CAGCCGCGUACUACAUAAAUAACACCUCUUCUCAUACUCAGCUGGUUGCACAAGCAAGCCGUGAAGAGCAUAGCUAAAGAUGGCUGCAAUUUUCAAAGCAAGGAAAGCCCUUGGCUUGUGUCUUAGUGGCUGCCGAAGUCUAACCCAGCUAGCAGAGUUACCUGAGAUGCAUCAGAUGCUGAGGCAGACCUGCAGAGACUACGCUGACAGAGAACUAACUCCUAUUGCUGCUAAACUAGACAAAGAGCACUCUUUCCCUGCCAAACAGAUUCAGGAGUUAGGUGCCAUGGGUGUCUUGGCCAUGGAAGUACCAGAUGGGCUUGGUGGGGCUGGGAUGGACUAUUUGGCAUACAGUCUGGCGGUGGAGGAGAUAAGUCGAGGCUGUGCCAGCACUGGAGUGGUGGUCUCCGUUAACAAUUCUCUGUACAUCGGGCCAAUAUUGAAGUUUGGUACGGAAGAGCAGAAAAAACAGUGGAUCACCCCCUUUACCACUGGAGAGAAAGUGGGCUGUUUUGCGCUCAGUGAGCCAGGUAAUGGCAGUGAUGCAGGUGCAGCCUCCACAAUAGCACGUCAGGAGGGAGAUGAGUGGGUGCUGAAUGGAACCAAAGCCUGGAUCACCAACAGCUGGGAUGCCUCGGCCACUGUUGUGUUUGCCACCACAGACAAGUCACUCAAACACAAGGGCAUAAGUGCAUUCCUGAUCCCUAUGCCAUACCCAGGUCUGUCACUGGGGAAGAAGGAAGAUAAGCUUGGCAUCAGAGCCUCAUCCACUGCCAACAUCAUCUUGGAAGACUGCAGGAUACCACUUGGCAACAUGCUAGGUCCUCGUGGUGCUGGAUUCAAAAUUGCCAUGCAAACCCUGGACAGUGGCCGUAUAGGCAUUGCAGCCCAGGCGCUUGGUAUUGCUCAGGCUGCUCUGGACUGUGCUGCAGACUACGCACACAAACGCACUGCAUUUGGAGCCCCCAUUGGAAAGAUGCAGGCCAUACAGUUCAAACUGGCUGAUAUGGCUCUAGCAAUUGAGAGCGCCCGUCUGCUUACCUGGAAGGCCGCAAUUCUACGCGAUGCCAAGAAACCGUUCACUAAGGAAGCAGCCAUGGCUAAACUAGCAGCUUCUGAGGCUGCGACAUACUGCUCACAUCAGUCGAUCCAAAUUUUGGGUGGAAUGGGUUAUGUGACGGAUAUGCCGGCGGAGAGGCACUAUCGCGAUGCUCGCAUUACAGAGAUCUACGAGGGAACCAGUGAGAUCCAGAGACUGGUGAUUGCUAACCAAAUAUUGAAGGAAUACCAACCGUAGACACACCGUUACUGCUCUUGGUACAAUAUGGACCCAGACCACAGAUCCAGUAAUCCAGUAUAAGAUGACAUAAGAUUGUGUCAUUGUCUCAUUCAAAAAAUACAGAUGGUGAUGUGAUCUGGAGCUGGAUUUGUGUUAACAUCUGGCAUUUAUCAUCAGCAGGCCUCUGUACCAAGAGUACAUUCAAGAUGACACCGCUCGCUGAAUCCAUUGUCUGUGUCCUUUACCUCUGCUCAAUCCUAGUUCAAGGGAAUCCAGCCACAAUUUCAAAAUCAAUGCAAGCUUGAUCAUCUCCAGGGAUAUUUCAGAGAUGUUACUUAAUGGUUCAGGUUUUCUCAAUUUUGCCUCCACUGCCUUGGAAGAUAUUGCCGCCCCAGAUAUUAGUGCCAUCUCAACAGCAAGAUCGGACUCUCAGCCAGCAUUUUGUUAAUUGAGGAUGGAUUUAUCUGACAUCAGUUUUGUUUCUCCUCAAAACAAACUGUGUUUCCUCCUAACCCCCUUUUUACCUCUGUGCAAGACAAAUGUUCUAUCUGCCUUUGAUUUUUCUUGGUGCUCUCCAAGCAAAUGAAAAAUUUGGAUGUAAGACGAGUCUUGCCACUGGAGGGCAGUAGCUUACCUUUUCAUUUCUUGUUCCAUUUAUGUGCUGGGUAAAGGACAGCAAUAUCAUGAAUCACUGCAUUGUUAUUUUAGUAUUGCAAUUACACACUGGUGUUUAGGACGUACACAUAGACCAUACAGAAUGUUGUAAAGGCAACUAAAUUCACUUUUACUUUAUGGAUGCCAGUUGGGGAUGUUACAUGAAUUACAAACAUGAAACGUCUCAAUUCUGUUGGUCGGCACAGUUGACAUUGUCAAAUCAGUAAUAGUGCAUUCACUCUAGAAUUAAUCCAAUGGAUUUGUCAAAGACUGUAAGAGGCUGUGUCAUGAAAUGUAUGCUCUUUAUUAUGGUGAUUUUCACAGUCCUCUAUUGUGCCUCAAUAACAGCUGUACAUAUUUUAUCAUAAUUUAUGGUGCGUGAAUGAUAAUAAAACAAACAAACAAGCAAAAAAAAACACUGUUAUAGUACUUUGUGGAUAGCAUUUAGAAAUUAAACAGCAAUUGUACUGAAAUGGCUCCUAAUAAA